AUGCCAAGAGCAUGGCAUCGUCCUCGCGCUGUGGGUAGAAGACCAUUCCGUUGCUACAGAUACAUCAAGAACAAGCCAUUCCCAAAGUCUAGAUACAACCGUGGUGUUCCAGACCCAAAGAUUCGUAUCUUCGACUUAGGUCGUAAGAGAGCUGCUGUCGACGACUUCCCAUACUGCGCUCACUUGGUUUCUGACGAGCUUGAACAACUCUCCUCAGAAGCUCUUGAGGCUGCACGUAUCACUUGCAACAAGUACAUUGUCAAGACCGCUGGUAAGGAAGCAUUCCACUUGCGUGUCCGUGUACACCCAUUCCACGUCGUCCGUAUCAACAAGAUGUUGUCAUGCGCUGGUGCUGAUAGAUUGCAACAAGGUAUGAGACACGCUUGGGGUAAGCCAUACGGUACCGUUGCUCGUGUUCAAAUUGGUCAAGUCUUGAUCUCCAUUCGUUGCCAAGACCGUAACGCACACGUCGUUAAGGAAGCUCUCCGUCGUGCUCGUUACAAGUUCCCAGGUCGUCAAAAGAUCAUUGUCUCUAAGAAGUGGGGUUUCACUAACCUCGACCGUGAGGAAUACUUGAAGAUGCGUGGUGAAGGUCGCGUUCAAAAGGAUGGUGCUUAUGUGCAAUACAUCAAGCCACAAGGUCCAUUACUCGAGAACCUCAAACGUCAAGCCGCUAUCAGAGCUGACCUCUAA